CGGCGUCCCAGGAGCCGGGCUGGCGCCUCAGCGGCCGGGAGGGAGGGAGGCCCCCAGGAUGGCGAUGCUGGCGGAGCCCCGUAGAAGGCAGAAGUGGUCUGUGGAUCCACGAAACAGUGCUUGGAGUAAAGAUGAAUCUAAAUUUGGCCAGAAGAUGCUGGAAAAGAUGGGCUGGUCCAAAGGAAAGGGUCUUGGGGCUCAGGAACAAGGGAAUACAGAACAUAUCAAGGUUCACGUGAAAAACAACAUGCUGGGGUUAGGAGCAACCAUCAAUCACGAGGACAGCUGGAUUGCUCGUCAGGAUGACUUCAACCAGAACUGAAUGAUUGCCAUGGACAGGGUGAAACAGUGUUUUCCAGUUCUGCACAGACAUUUAGUGGCCUUGGCGGGGAUUUUUGGGAAAGCUGUCUAGUUGAUGGAAGGUCACUCCAAGUGUUACCGAGGUAUUAAAUGGUGCCAAAGAAGACAUCUUGUGUUCAGUCCCAGGAGAAGCUAAGCAGUACUUCUGCUUGGUGAUUUGAUCAAAAGCAGAUGUCCCAUUCCAACAGCUAACGUUGCCAACUUCACAGCUGACAUCAUCUUUGCAGGGAAUACAACUGAAGGUGCAUACCCAGAUGCCUCCCAAAGCAUUGUCAUAUGCUCGUCAUGUCUCGGUACCACAGGCAAGUUGCCGGGCGCAGGGACCAGCUGAGUGUUUCCUCCUGCCUAAUUCCAGAGCUCUGGGCGUGGUAGGACAGGUCAAUCCCUGCCUGCAUAGCCAGUAGCUGCAGUGCUGGCUAACCUCCUCAGUGCCAUGAGUACGGCAAUGCAAAUGAUCUCCUGCCAAGGCAGGUGCCCACACAUUCCCAUGAAAGACACUAGGAAUGACAGCAUCUUGGCCUCAAGCCAUUCCUUUUGUAUGAAUGUCCCUGAUGCGUCCAGUCCCUAGCAACAGGAAGAAGAGCUCUUUGGUAGCUGCAUUCUAAGGGCCUGUAAUACUUUUCAGCACGCAUAGCUUUUUUUCCCUUCUUGCGUUAAUGGCUCGGUUGUUAGCUGCCCUUCUUAGGCAGCUAAGAGCACUUUCUCCAAGGGAGUGUGGUUCUCCUGGCACCCUUGCCAAACUUUAGAGCCUAUGGCAACGGUGUAAUCCUUUCCGCCUUGCACAUUUUGUUGCCAUAAUCCCACCUUGCACAUUUUGUUGCCGUAAUCCCAUGGGCAUGUAGGCUGGGGGGUGCCCCCUCGAUGGUCAAGCAAGCAUUUCCUUUUUGAAAGCACUUAAUGCUGCCUGGUGUUGAGGUUCCCAAUUCCGUAGGGAGCUUUUCCUCAGCAAAUCAUGCAGAGGUGCUACUUGAAUACGGAAUCCAGGAAAGUGUCACCUCCAAAACCCGCCAAGUUCCUCAGACAGGUCUCAAGGGUUUUGAUCUGAAAGUGUGGGAAUGUUUUCUAUCACCUCUCAUAUAGAUUCUGGCAGUGUUUUCCGUCCCCCUAUCCAUCGGGUGCCCAAGAAGGUGACCCCUGGGCUGGAUCCUUGACAGGAUUCACACACGGCUCCCAGUUGAUGUGCUGCAGGGGUCCCAGGGAAACUGCCAGGGGAGUUUCUUCCAGCAGGAACCGUGUGGGUUGUGGUUUCCACCUCCAAAUCCUUCUGUGCAGAACCUCGGGCCCUGAGCACAUGCCUUGGAGACACCUCUGCUGUGUCCUGUGCACAGCUGGUGCAUGGGCAGGGGGGCAGAGUGUCCUGCUUGGAUGUGGUGGAUCUCGCGGCUGAUACUGUGAGGCCACAGAGGGAACUCUCGUGGUCAGGCAGGUUCUAGGGAGGCUCUUCAUAAGGGGGGGGUUCUUCCAGAAUUCCUCUGCUCCACCCUCCUCUCGAAACACUUCCUCCGCUGCCUUGAAAUGGGGCCUUGCUGAUAUGCCACAGGCAAGGGCUUUUCUUGUCUCCCUGGACAACUGUGCAGGAGAACUGAUUGUCUGUCCUUGGGGAGCUGUCUCUCUGGCAGCUCCUGUUUUCCCAGGCCCCCAGCUCUGGAGGAUUUUUGGGCACCUUUUCCUGCGGUUUGCCAAAGAGCAUGACACGCAGCGCUUUCCGAUGGCUCUGCCAGGUGUCCUGCCGUCCUCGGUGCACUUGAUGGAAAAAGCCUGGGGCCUCUUUCGAAAGGUCUUUUGUGGAGUAGAGGGUGAAAGUAGUGUGGAAGUGGGGAAGACGGAGGCAUCAGAUGAGGCAAGGAGCUGUGCAGGGAGCAGCUGGAGGCUGUUUGGGGCAGGGAGAGCUGUUUGAUAGCUGGGAAGGCAAUCCUGCACGGUGUUGUUCCAGUGCCUCCUUCUGCAACCUUAGCUGUUACUGCUGCCCUGGCAGUUUGCCCUCCCUCUCGCUGGCCUCCUGCUCCCUUGCCCAGCCUUCCAGGCGGUCGUGGCAGGACAGGUCUGGUUCUGAGAAGCACCUGUCCAUGCUGCUGAUGCCACUGGUGAAAUUGCUCAGGGAAGGGGCAGAGACGCAGGUAGGAUAGGGCCUGCGGAGACUGCUGCUCCUGCCCUUGGGCUGCUCCAGCUCCAACACGGGGGUGCUGCCUUCAGCUUGCGGCUCCGCGCUGUUGCAGGCAGAACCGUCAUGCUGAGGAGCCCCUGGGUGUCCUGUGGGGAGAAAGAGCCUGCUAGGUCUUUGUUAGGGGCCACCUGAAGAUACAAGGGGGCUUUCGCUGUGGAACCACGCACCCUAGGAAAACAAGGACCCCCGAGGACAAUGUCCUGUGAGAGUGCACUUCUAGGCCAGCGUUAGCAACUAGGAGAGGAGCAGAAGUGCACAGAGGUUUCCCAUCUGGGAGGAAUGCUGUUCUGGGAGUGCUGUCCUUUGGAAAGUGUUCCAGGGGGCAACCACUGCACUACCAUGUUCAAGUGUCUGCAGCUCUCUGCAUUGCCACAGCCUUCUGUCUUCUGCUAUGCAAGGCAAGACUGCAAACCAGCAGCCCUAGCCUGGCACAACCAUCAGUGCCUCCUCCUACCUGUGGAGCUGUUGGUGUGCUCCGGUGACUCCUGGGCCGAGGGACUGAAGGGCAAGGUGAUGUCCUCCCCAAAUAUUGCUCGGCAGUUGUCUAUUAGGAACGCCACCAGGGCUGUCACCUGCACACAGAAAACCCGUGAUGUCAGAGAUUUGCCUGUCCUGUUGCACAUAGUCCUGAUGUGGGGCGCCCCAAUGUUCAGAGGUGCUGCUUCGUUGAGCUUUGGCAAGGGCACGGGGCUGUGCGGGGCUGGCCCCGAGCUGCGCCAAAGGUGGGAGCCAGGGGCUGAACUCCACAGACCUUGUCGUUCCUCUCCUUCAGCUCUGCCAGCGUGAGCACGUUGUCCGUGCAGGGGCUCAGCAUAUUUGGCCCCACGCAGAUCGCAAGGUUGCUGGUGUCCAUCUUGCUGGUCUCCACGUUUUCGCUGAUGUGACGCAGCACAGCGAGCAAGCGCUGGAGCAGCAGGAGGUUUGCUGUGGGCAGGCUGUCGGCCACCCUAGGGAACACAAACCAAAGGGAAGGUUAAAGAUGCAGGGCACAGGCACCGCUCCACCGUCACGGGAGCAAGCUGGAGUGCCCUCCAAAAUGGUGGGACCGGUUCAAACUCUUACUCCUUCAGCUUGUCAAUUUUGUCCUGCUGGCUUGGCUUCUCCAGCGCUUGCAUCCACUCCUCGUAGAGGCUGUCCGCGAGGAGUUUGGAGGGGAUAUCCCGAAGAAAGUCCUGCAAGGCCAAGGUCCUUUAGAGGAUGCUCUCAACAGUGCCAGUGAGCAGAGAGGGAGCAUCGCGGUGCCUUGGGCUCACAAGCAGGCAGGUUGCUUUGAGCUGCCUGCUCCCAAAGGUGCUCCUGAGCACUGAGAGCGCGGGGGGCUGUGCGAGUGCGUGCCAAACGCACUGGUGUUAGUGCAGGAGCAGGACCCAGCUCCUAGCUGAGCCUUUGGUGCAGCCCUGAGUCUCCGUGGUCCUCCCUGAGGAGAGGAGGAUGCUGAGGAGGAGGUGGAGGAAGGGAGUUUCCCAUGGUCAUGCAGGGAAUCAGGGGCAGAACUAGGGCAGCUGACAAUCUGAGGGGGAAGAAAAGUGCCACAGUGUCCUGAGCCUGAAGCCCGGAGUCUGGCUUCAGUAGGCUUUUAGCUUGGAGUGCCACCGAGGGGAGUGGAGGCACUGCCAGGGGCCCAUGCACAUGAGGCACGUGCUCGGAGAGCUGUGUGCUCUGCUGGUGCAAGGAAUUCACCUUCAGCACCACUGCCAGGAGGUGCACGGGUCUGCUGUCCAGGUCAGCGCUCUUGCCCUGGUUUAGGACCUCCUUCAGCUCCUUGCGGGCCUUCUCGCUCGCCGCCUUCCUGAAGAUGCCCUCGGUGGCAGGCCCUUUCUCAUACAGUAUAGCCAGGAGCUCCUGCAGGAAGGAAGGGACAGGUUUGGACUUGGGGGCACACUCUGCUUUGCUUGCCUUAGUAGCUCCUUCUCGCUCCACGUCGAUCACACUGGCAAUAACCUGGUAUUUCCUAGGCACCCGUGCCAGUGGUGUGGGCUGGAGCAAAGCCGCAGAGCUGGCCCCCGUUCCCCCCUGGGCUGGGACCUGGCCUGCAGGCCUUGCGUGUCAGCAGCGCGUGUGGAGGGGGAAGCCCCAAAGCGCCUCUCUCUUGAGAGCCCCAGCACAAGUGCUGGGCAGGCUGUGUCGCGCGAGAGGCCCGAAGCAGCGUGCCUCUGUGGGCAGGCUUGCUUACCUGGACUGGCUGGGGCAGGCCCCCGUCUUGCCCGCAGAGAGCUGCCAGAGGCUGGCCAAAGAGAGCCGCCCUGGGGCCAGAGGCGAGCUGCCCUGGGACAGGGCAGGCCCUGCUGGCAGAGGUUCCUCGCCGAGCAAGUGGCCAGGAGAUCACCUGCCUUCUUGCCUUCGCUCCCUCUGCUGCAAGCAAAAGCAAAGCCCAACUCAGGGUAGAAAACCUGGCGCAGAGGCUGCCUUUUGCGUGUGUGCGGUGCCCUGUGCUGCAGGGUCUCCCGCAGCUUGUCCGGAGGCGCCGAGGUUUUGCACGGGGGGAGGGAACAAGCAGCCUGUCCGAAGGCAGCUGCUGCCGUUCUUUCUCCGACUCACCAGCCGAGUGGCCAAGUGCCUCUUCGCCGUCGGAAGGGUCCAAGCGGGGGCCUUUCUUGGCGUCAGCCUGUGAGAAAGGGCUGAUGGUUACAGAGCCGCCCCUCCUCAGUGGGGGCCUCGAGGGAGCUGCUCCAGCGAUGUUGCUGCAGCAAUGCAGGCAUGUGGGAGAGGCUGCCAGGAAAAGUGGGUGUGGUCCAAGGGCUGCGGAGGAGAGGCUGGAGGUGCAGGCCUGACGCUGUGCCUCUGUGCCACGGGGGCUGUGGCAAAGGCUGCUGCUGCAGCCAGCGCCCCCGAAGCGGCCCUGCAGCCCCCAGCCCCCUGCACAGUUGCAGGCUGCUCCCUUGAUCCCGAGCAGCCCCCGUGCGGCACAAGGGGUCUGCACGUGACCGCAGGGACAGUCUGCCGUGCCGUGCUCUCCCUGGCACCAGGCAUUUGCUGCCUUUGCAUGCCCCAGGGAGCUGCCGCGCGGUGCGGAGAUCGCCCGCGUGCGCAGGCAGCCCGGGCAGGGCACAGGGAGCCCCUGCUCACCUCUACCGAAAUCAGCGUCUCCACGGUCGCCGCUGUCAGUGACAUCUCCUAGGCAAGAGAGCAAAGAGGCGCCAUGAGAAACUUGUGCGAGGGUGGGUUUGGGGAAGGCGAGCCACUGUUGGGGCAGAGCGGCGAGUGUGAGGACACUUACGGGACCGUAGAAGCCAAUGACCUUGGUGAGGAGCCGCAGGGAGGGCAGUCGGGUGAGCCUGGCUCCUGGGGCUCCUGGGCUCUGCCUGUGCACAGGGAAGGGCACGGGAAGAGCUCUGUCACCCCCAGCCCUCGCUGCUCUCUCUGCUGCCAGCCAGCCCCACGCUGCCUGGCAGCCCGACCCCCGAGAGCCUCCCGCAGCGCUGGCUGCCAGCACCGCUCUGCAGCUCCCGGCGUCGGUGCUGACUGCAACCGCGAGGCUGAGCAAGUCACGCGGCUCUGCGCAGGAGCUGCCCUGGGCAGUGGGGGCACCUUUCCCCACCGACAUUUGGGUCUUUCUGCGUGCAGCUCCACCCGGAGCACUCGCCCACUCAGCCUUGCGGCGGCAGGUUGCAUUCCCUGGCAGAGCUUACCGGAGCAUCGUGUCCAGCCAGAGCUGCUUCACCUCCUGCGACCUGCAGCACAAAGGAGACCCAGCCUCAGCCCCGCUGCCCCUCCUCCUGCUUGGGACAGAUGCGGCCCCAAACAGCUCUCGCCCCCGUGGGCAGAGUCCCCGGGCCAGGGCCGAGCCACGUGGGGCAGGACAGGGGCUCGCGCAGGGCGCUGGGACCUGUCGCCCCCACUCACCCAAAGGUCACCACGCAGAGGUUGGUGGGCCAGACGAGGAUGAGGGUGCGGCUGCACUUGAGGCCAAAGACCUCCUCCUCCUCCUCCUCAGGCCUGGCUGCGGCUGCCUCCUCGCUGCACAGCACCCAGAGCUCGCUGAGCCGCACGCGGUGCUUCAGCCAGAAGAUGGAGCCGCACCUGCAGGGAGGCAGAGCAGGGCCUGGGGUGUGGGUGUGCAGCGUGGGGGCCACCCCAGCUGUCCCCCAGGAAGAGCCGUUUCCCAGGGCAGAGCCAUGGGGAGGGUGGCCCCGAGCCCCAGGCAGCAGCAAGGAGCCUCCUUUGCAGCCGCCACGCAGAGGCCGUUGGAGAAGUGGCUGCAGGGCAGUGAUGCCAGCAGCACCCUUGGUGAGGGCCUGCAGGGGAGGAGGACAAGAGCAGGAGCCUGUGCCCUUCUCCUGCCCCCUGCUCUCCUUCCAGAGCAGUGCUGGGCAUGCAGCGUUCCCGCGGGAGACCCUGGCCGAGGCGGUGCUGGGGAGGAAGGAGGGCUGUGGUGGCUCUUCUUACUUGAAGCUGGCGAUGGCGACCGCGUGGGGGAAGAGCAGGAGGUGCCUCUGGCGCGUGCGCUGGUGCCGCGUCACCUGCGCAGGGAGGGUGAGCAGGAGCUGGGGGCUCCCGCUGGAGACGAAGGUGCCGAGGGGCGGCGGGGGCCGGGAGGCUGCCCUGCGCCAGAGCCCGCAGCGGGCGCCAGGAGCCACGGGGCCAGGGGUCCCGGGGUGUGCCUGGGUGGCAGCAGCGCCGCGGGCGCCGCAGAUGUUGGCCUGCCCCAUGGCGCCGAGGCCGGGCAGACGGCUGCGGCAGCGCCAGGCACCGACCAGGCCUGCGUGAGGCUGGACGCGUGUCCCUGUGCCGGGCAGUGACCCCAGGCUGGGAGCCACCUCUGUCCGCACUGCCCCACGCCAGCGCAGUGCCGCACGGGGAGGGACACGCGCUGGUGGCCGUGGCCGGGUCACUGUGAUGCCACUGUGGCACAUUGUGAUGCGCUGGCCGGGACGGGUGGAGCCCUGGGGGCUGCAGGAGUGACAGGCCAUCUCCCGGCCUCUGUCUCCUCCGACGCUGGGGCAUUUCCAUGUCUGCAGUCUGGGACAUGGGAGGAACUGUGUUCAGAGUAUGUGCAGUAAAAUGAGUUCUGUAAAGUACAAAAAGAAAACCUCAACUAAAAACACACACCGGGUUUCUGUGUAGGCGCUGGGAUGCUGUGCCUGCUGCCUUUCUUGAAAGCCGUUCCUGAGAGGGCAUUUCCCCCACAGGUUUCCAAAUCACAGAAUCAGCAACUGGUUGAGGUUGGAAGGGACCUUUGGAGAUCAUCUAGUUCAACCCUCCUUCUCACUAACCUCCUUUCAGGUUUGGAAAGGAUGCCAUUAAGUCCCCUCCAGAGCCAACUCUCCUCCAGGCUUAGAUAAAGUGCUACAGCCCCCCGACCAUCGUGAUUACUGUCUGUUGGACUUGCUCCAGCUUAUCGACCUCUCAGGUUAACCAUGGGCAAGCAUGUUAUAGAGUUGGCCAUCAUCCAGUUUCAAUUGGCAUUAAAAGUCAGCUGAAAAACUGAAAACUGAAAAAUUUUCCAUACCCCAUAUUAUCCCCAGGCAAACGGUACUGUAGAACGUACAAACGGACUCUUAAAACGAACCCUGAGACCGCACAAUCCCGGAUGGGCGCGACGAAUAUCUGAUGCAGUAACUAAAGUCAAUGGACGAUGGGGAGUAAAUGGCUGCCCCAGACUCACUGCUUUUUGCCCUAAUCCUCCAUCCCUCUUACCCGGGACUAGGGAGAAUAAGAAACCGAGGAAUCCCUUGUAUUACCCGGGACAACCGGUUCUAGUGCACUUACCCACUGUGGGACAAAUACCUCUAGUACUAAAAGCUUCAAAAAAUCUGUAUGCAUGGGUAGCUACUGAUGCCCGUGGGAAAGAUCUUAGAAUCCAUACCAGGUGGAUCCUCCCUUCCUUUUAGGUCAAUUAAUCUGAAAGGAAGAGGGCACUGAGGAAGAAGACUUGUCUUAUGUCGAGCUUGAGUGUCCUCAACGAUACUACCUGUGGUAGUUAGAAUAGUUAUUUUUAUCAUUUUUUGUAAUUGUGUGCUGCGAUCAUAAUUAGCUUUAUUGUUGAAAACACAACAGCCAAGAAUGGCAUUCUUAACCUGUGUUGGAAAAAUACUUCUUGUCUUAAUGUGCUUAUAUGUGCUAUGGCAAACCUACCACCAGCAUACACUUCUGGGGCUUGGUAUUGUACCGGCCGAAUAGGUGAUGAGGCAACCACAUUCUUCAGCCCUCUGGGCAACAGAGAUGCAGCUUACUUUCAAUUCCCACCAGGGAUAAACGGGCCAUUUGCUCAGGGCAUUGGAGCUAAGAAAGGGCAUUAUUGGAUCUGUGGACACACAGCACACAAAUUUUUACCCGCGGGGUGGUUGAGAAUUUGUUAUAUAGGGAUUAUCAGACCUUUGUUUUUCCUUUUACCAGAAACAAGCGGACCUCGGUUAGGCAUAAAGGUACAUGAUAACCUUGGAGACAGAAGUGUUGCCUGUAAGACGGGAUCCAUUAAAGUAAAUUUGGGUGGGACACAAAAAGUGGGGAAAUAAUGAGUGGCCUCCUGAACGAAUAAUUCAACAUUACGGGCCUGCAACCUGGAAUAAUCAGACUACAAGCAGCUCUAGAAAUUAUUACCAACAAAACCGCUGACGCAAUAGAUCUUUUAACUCGGCAAUCCCAACAGAUGCGCACGGCAAUCCUUCAGCACCACAUGGUUUUUAGAUUACCUGUUAGCUGAAGAGGGAGAAGUGUGUGGGAAAUUAAAUAUUCCUAACGGUUGUUUGGAAAUAGAUGAUGUAAGCGAAGUAGUUCUCCAGUUAACCAAAGAUAUCAGAAAAAUAGCCCACGUCCCUGUCCAAACCUGGAACGGCUGGAGUGGCGAUUUGUAGUCCUGGUUAUUGGGGGCACCGUGGGUGAAACAGUUAAUAUUGUAUUUGUUAGGUGCAGUUGCCGCCUUAAUGUUCUUGUAUCAUUCCUUGCUUUGUUCAAUUAAUCUGACAUGUUCUGUCAAAUAUGCAAUUUGUUCCUACCACCUUGCCCGACGGCAUAAAGAAAAUCCGUGCCAUCCAUUGGCCAUGGCCAACCACAGUACCCAUCAUUUCCCAGUUUCUCCUGAAGGAGGAAAUUGCAUAUUGACAUCCACAGCGCAUUUGCCAGCUGUUUUAUGCCUAUUGUAACGAUACUACCUCCUUAACUCAGUUUUGAUGUCUGUUUUGUAAAGUUAAAUGUUGUUGAAGUUGUUAAGGAAUAAGCUUGCAUUGAGCAAGACCUCUGUUUUUUACCCAAACCUAUGUUAUUCCCGCGACUUCCCCCCUGUCCCUAAUUCUCUCUCCCUUCCUUCCUUCCUUGCUUGCUUGCUUUCCCUCUCUCUCUCUCUCUCUCUCUCUCUCUCUCCUGCUGCCAAGCUGCAAUGUCAAGACACAGGGUGGUGUAGAGAACCAGUUCUCUACAUGCAGUUUUGUCUCGACAUUGCUGCUGCUGCUGCAAAGCCGCUGCUGCCAAGGCGCAUCGGGCAAUGCCGCGCCGGGGCCCCCGGGAGCCGUCCGCGAGGUAAACAACCUCGUGCACCUGCACGAGGUAAAAAGGGCGCAAAAAGGGCAGAAGGUCAUCUCUAGGGCACGGACUGCACGUACUCAUUUGCCAUCUGCACAUGAGCAGGAGACCCCCAGAUGCCCCAGCCCGUUUCUGGAAGGUUCCGAGAGGGCGGACUGCGCAUGACAGUUAAUCUGCAUGGGAAGCGAGGAAGCACCGCCCAGAGGUGGGGCAAGAACCUAUAAAAACUGCAGACUGGGUGAAUGGGGGGGUGGGGGGCUUGCUUGCGACGACUGAAGAACUCGAGCGGAGUCAGCGGAACCAGAUGGGAGCUUCCCGCCUCUGCCCCCCACCCCCGCCGCCGCCGCGACUCCCAAGAGAAGAGGACCAACGGGACGCCGCUGGAUCCACGGGUGGUGAUAUCUGUCUUUCCCUCUCUCUCUCUCUCUCUCUCUCUCUCUCUCUGUCUUCCCCUUUUCCUCUCUUUUUCCUAAACGUGUGACGCGAGACGUGUCUAGUUAGUUGAUUCCAUUUUGCCUUAAUAAAUCUUAAAAGUGGU